GAAACUGAUAAUUGAAGAAUGAAGACGCCAACAAACAAAGCAACAACAAGUGAGAGCAAAGAAAGAAAAGAGUUAAUCUUUGAAAUUUUGUCAAUCAAUCUAAUCUAAUAUAUCUGUUGGCAUCAAUUUGAUUUGUAUCCGUCCGUUUGAUUCCAAUCGAAACAGACCCCACACUAGCAUCUCCACAUUUCCCUCUCCUCAACUCAACUCAACUCAACAAUGCCAGCAGCUUCCCCUUCUUUCCCUUCUUCAGAUGGCAGAGGCAAAUGGAAGAGGCGAAAACGGGACCCUCACAUCACCCGCAAACCUCCCAAACACGAACACCCCGACGACGAAGACGAAGACGACGCCCUUGAUGACGAUAUUAACAAUCACGAUUAUGACUCCGACGCUCCCAACCCUAACCCUAUCCCUAACCCUAACCCUAAUUCUAACCACACUCAUUCCGAUCUCCAAGCUGAACUGCUCCUUGCGGAAACUGCGCUCCGCAUUUCUGAUUUCCCUUGUGUAACGAAGCUGGGUGUUACUCGACCUCAUGUCUCUGUUUCAGCUAUUGCCGCUUUGGAGAGGGCCAAUUCGAGUGGGGAUACUUGUAGUAGUAGUAGUAAUAGAGGGCAAGUGCCUAAUCUGGAGAAUGUGUCUUACGGUCAGCUGCAGGCGCUUUCUGCUGUGCCCGCUGAGGGUUUUACGGGUGCUGAUGAUGGAGGGAACUCUGCUGCUGCUUAUGUGGUUACUCCUCCUGUGAUUAUGGAAGGGAAGGGCGUUGUUAAACGGUUUGGGAGUAGGAUUCAUGUUGUUCCUAUGCAUUCGGAUUGGUUCUCACCAGCCACUGUAAAUCGACUGGAAAGACAAGUGGUGCCGCAUUUUUUCUCUGGAAAAUCACCAAAUCAUACACCUGAAAAAUACAUGGAGUGUAGAAACUAUGUUGUUGCUAAAUACAUGGAGAAUCCAGAGAGGAUGAUCACUAUUUCUGAUCGUCAGGGACUGGUAGUUGGUGUUGAAAAUGAAGAUUUAACUCGAAUUGUUAGGUUUCUUGAUCAUUGGGGAAUCAUCAACUACUGUGCCGAAGCACCAAGUAAUGAAUCUUGGAAUGGUGGUUCUUACUUAAGAGAGGAUCCAAAUGGUGAGGUUCAUGUGCCUUCAGUUGCUUUAAAGUCAAUUGAUAGUUUGAUCAAAUUCGACAAGCCUAAAUGUAGGCUCAAGGCGGCUGAAAUUUAUUCAUCAUUGCUAUAUCAUGAUGAUUUCUCUGACCUGGACAACAAAAUUCGAGAGCGUUUAUCUGAAAAUUACUGCACUUAUUGUUCCCAGUGUCUACCUGGUAUAUACUAUCAGUCACAAAGAGAGAUUGAUGUACUGCUAUGCUCGAACUGCUUCCAUGAGGGGAGGUUUGUGACUGGCCAUUCAAGCUUAGAUUUUAUAAAGAUGGAUCCCACCAAAGAUUAUGGUGAUUUAUAUGGAGAAAGCUGGAGUGAUCAGGAAACACUACUGCUGCUUGAGGCAAUGGAAAUUUACAAUGACAACUGGAACGAAAUUGCAGAACAUGUUGGAUCAAAGUCAAAAUCACAAUGCAUCCUUCAUUUUCUUCGUCUUCCUAUGGAAGAUGGCCUGUUGGAAAAUAUUGAAGUUCCUAGCAAUUCCAAGUCGCCUAACCCAUCAAAGAGAGAUGAUAAUGGAAGACUGCGUUCAUGUUCGAAUGGUGAUUUACCAGGAUCCGGGGCCCAAGAUGCUGAUUCUGAAAGUCGCAUUCCUUUUUUAAAUUCAGGGAAUCCAGUAAUGGCAUUGGUGGCCUUUCUGGCCUCGGCAGUUGGACCAAGAGUUGCUGCAGCUUGUGCCCAUGCAUCCUUGGCAACAUUGUCGGAGGACCAUAGGAUGAAUUCAGAGAGAUUACAUGGUAGAGAAGGUAGUUUUCAUGGAGAAGUUGCAAAUUCAAUUCAACAAAGAGAAGACAACCUCAACCGUUCAUGCCUUCCAAACGAGGCAGAUGGCGACUCUUUAUCUGAAGAAAAAGUGAAAGCUGCUGCAAAAGCUGGUCUUGCUGCUGCAGCAACAAAGGCUAAAUUGUUUGCGGAUCACGAAGAGAGGGAAAUUCAAAGGCUAUCUGCUAAUAUCAUUAAUCAUCAGUUGAAGAGAUUGGAGCUGAAGCUGAAACAGUUUGCGGAGGUGGAAACCGUACUUAUGAGAGAGUGUGAACAAGUGGAGAAGACGAGGCAGAGGUUUGCUGCUGAGCGGGCCCGUGUUCUGUCUACCAGGAUUGGACCAGCUGGCAGUGCGGGUUCUCAAAUGAAUCAGGCAGGCAUUUCUCCUUCCAUGGCUAAUAAUAACAUGAGCAGCAGUAGGCAACAAAUCAUGCCUCCGUCCUCUUCGCAACCAAGCAUUUCAGCAUACGGCAACAAUCAACAACUUCAUCCCCACAUGUCGUAUAUGCAACAACGGGGACAACAACAACAACAACCACAACCGCAGUCAAUGUUUCCGUUAGGGCCAAGACUGCCCUUGGCAGCGAUACAACCAUCAUCAUCUGCUCCAUCAAAUGUCAUGUUCAAUGCCUCUGGAAAUUCGCAGCCCAGUCUCAAUCAAAUGCUGAGGUCUGUAUCAAGGCCUAGCUCCGGCUUAGGCUGAAACCGGAAACCUAAUGUAAAUUAGUUAUUCUACAAUUGAUUCCGUAGGCUACCGGCUCACUUUCUGAGCUGCAAUUAGGGUUGAGGAUGAUGUAGCUGAGCCAAGAAAGAAUCACUCCUGACUAGGCUUUUUGGGGGUUCGGAAUGUGGAUUUAAAAUUCCUUUGUGCAGGGCGUUAGGGUUUGUAUCAGAGUAGAAGCUAGUCUUUGGACUGAGAUCUGAAGUACCGCAAUGAAUUUGGAGAUUUGGUACGUGAAUCUAUAAUCGCAGCAUAGAAUUUCUGUUUGAAAGCUUCUGAUGAAUAUGAUAGUCAUUAUCUAGAGUUAA